CUCAAAUUUACUUAAUCCAGCUUUUUAUUUCAAUUUCGAUACUCUGUGGCCUUGCAAGAAUUAUAUUCUUUCAAACUUUUGUGAAUUUGGGCCUGUUCUUGAAUUGGGUGGCUCAGUAAAAAGGUUUUGCUUUUAUAUAUAAAUCAUCUCUUCUGUUUUUCAUAUCAAACAGUUCAGAGUGGCCGCAGAUUGUUUCUUGCAAGAGAUCAGAACUAACAGUAUUCUUUAGCUAGAGCAAUCCGCAUUGCAUGCAGAUUUCCUCCAUAAAGAGUUGAUCAUGGAUGCAACCAUCAAUCGAAACUGUGAACGGGAAGUUGAGUGCGAAAAGAACAUCAAGGUAUCUGCUAGAUGGAAUCCUGCUGACCCUUGUAGGCCAACUAUGGAUGCCGCGCCUGUAUUUUAUCCAACUUGUGAGGAAUUUCAGGAUACCCUUGGUUACAUAGCUAAGAUACGGCCAGUGGCUGAAGGAUUUGGUAUUUGUAAGAUUGUACCACCUUCUUCCUGGAAGCCACCAUGUCCUCUUAAAGAGAAGAGUAUAUGGGAAAAUGCUAAAUUCCCAACUCGAAUCCAGCAAGUGGAUUUGCUUCAAAAUAGGGAGCCAAUGAGGAAAAAAAGAGGUCGUAAGCGUAAACGACAAAGAAAUUCAAAGAUUGACAACAUAAGGGAAUCCCCUGGCAUUGAUGAUCCUAGCAUAGAUGAUUUGAUCGACACAGAAGAGAAAUUUGGUUUUCAAACUGGAUCAGAUUUCACUUUUCAGGAUUUUCAAAAACUUGCGCAUAACUUUAAAGAGUGUUAUUUUGGGAUCAGGGAUACAAUGCUGAAAGAUACUGCUGGUCAGAGUCCCAAUGGGCAAACGAAAAGAUGGGAACCCUCAAUUGAAGAUAUCGAAGGCGAAUACUGGCGUAUCAUUGAAAAGCCAACGGAUGAAGUUGAGGUAUACUAUGGAGCUGAUAUAGAAACCGCAGUAUUUGGGAGUGGUUUUCCGAAAAAGUCACCAUCGCUAACUGAAAACAUAUCAGAUACAUAUGUGUCUUCAGGUUGGAAUUUGAAUAACUUUCCCCGCCUUCCAGGUUCGGUUCUUUGUUUUGAAGAAAGUGAUAUCUCCGGAGUUAUGGUGCCGUGGCUUUAUGUAGGAAUGUGCUUUUCAUCAUUUUGCUGGCAUGUGGAAGAUCACCACUUGUAUUCCUUAAAUUAUCUACACUGGGGCGAUCCUAAAGUCUGGUAUGGCGUCCCGGGAACACAUGCUUCUGAUCUGGAGGCUGCAAUGAGAAAGCAUCUUCCAGAUUUAUUCGAUGAACAACCUGGUUUGCUUCAUGAACUGGUUACUCAGAUGUCUCCAUCAAUUUUAAUGUCCGAGGGUGUGCCAGUGCAUCGAGUUGUACAGCAUUCUGGGGAGUUUGUUCUUACAUUUCCAAGAGCAUAUCACUCCGGAUUCAAUUGUGGCUUCAACUGCGCUGAAGCUGUGAAUGUUGCUCCUAUUGAUUGGCUACAGCAUGGGCAAAGUGCAGUAGAGGCGUAUAGCGAGCAACACCGAAAAACAUCACUUUCUCAUGACAAACUGCUAUUUGAAUCAGCCAGGGAAGCUAUUCGAGCAUUAUGGGAACUGUCAAUAAUGAACACUGAAAAUCCGAAGAAUAUGAGGUGGAAAAGCGUGUGUGGGAAGGACGGACUGCUGACCAAGGCAAUCAAGGCAAGGGUUGAGGCAGAAAAGAAAAGGAUUGAGCAUCUUCCGCUCCAUUUAAAGCCUCAAAAGAUGGAAAAAGACUUUGAUUUAACAUGUGAGAGAGAAUGCUUUUCAUGUUUCUAUGACUUACACAUGUCUGUUGCUUGCUGCAAAUGCUCACCGGAUCAGUUUGCCUGUCUUAGACAUGCAACCAUUUUAUGCUCUUGUGAAAAGAAUGAUGUAUUUGUCGUUGUCCGAUAUACAAUGGAUGAAUUGAGCACAUUAAUCAAAGCGUUGGAAGAUGAAGCGGGUGCCUUAAAAGCAUGGCCAUCAGUAGAUGAAGGAUUGGUUUGCAUAAAUUGUGAAGACAGUAUUUCUGGCAUUAGCUCUGCCAAGCAAAAUGAUGAUCCAGCAAAAUUUCCUAAAAGAGACGAAACUUUGCAGGAAGACACUGCUGAUGGAUGUAUGUCUCAAGUAGUGACUAAUAAGCUAAAAGAGGAUGUUGUUGGCAAGAGCAAUGAUACUAUGACAAUCAAUCAAAGUUACACUGUUAUAUCUGCUGUAGUAGAAAGGAUGCUGAAUCACAAAUCGGAUGUCUGUUAUGAUAAUAUGAUGGCAAAUGAAGGCGAUGCUUGUAACAACGUUAUACGAGAAGCUUUUCACAAGGCAGAUUCAAGGCAAAAGCUAGAUUCCCUGCAGCUUGGUGGUUGUCCUGGUUCUUCUGUUUCAUAUGUUCUCCCGAAAAAUGUGUGUCCUUCCCCUUCAAUGGAUGUUGCAGAUCGUGGUGCUUCUAAUAAUGAUUUGACUUUUGGGUGCAUGUCAAGCAAUGAGGUUGUUGACCAAUUGGGUAUAAAGGACACUCACUCAGUCAGAAAUGGUUCAUUACAGAAGUUUAGUUUUGAUGUUCAUCCUAUAAAUAUUGGAAAUGCAGUUUCUGGAAGGCUUUGGUGCAAUAAGCAGGUGAUAUAUCCAAAAGGAUUUAAAAGUUAUGUGAAGUUCUUUAAUGUGCUGAAUCCAACACAAAUAAGUGGGUACAUAUCAGAAGUCGUAGAUGGUGGCCUUAUUGGUCCUUUAUUUAAGGUUACAUUAGAAGAGUCUCCAAGUAAGAGCUUCGUAGAUACUUCGGCACAAAAGUGCUGGGAAAUGGUGAUAGACGAACUUAACCAAGAACUUUCAAGGUGCCAAAGCAUAGGGAAAGCAGUAUUUCCCUCUCUUGAUCCCCAAAGCAUCAAUGGACUUGCAAUGUUUGGGUUUCUCUCUCCGCACAUCAUUAAGGAAAUUGAGGCUCUUGAUCCAAACCAUCACUGCUCGGAGUACUGGAACUACAAGCUUCCGAUGAAAGAGAAACUUACCGAUAACACUUAUGAACUGCCAGAUGCUAAGAAAUUCAAUUACCAUACUGGAUCAAAUUUAUCUGGAGGAAAUACAACACCACUAACAAAUACAGAAAUCAGCAUAGGAGGGCAGGCUCAUUCGAUAAAUAAGGAGUGUAUGCCUGUGUUAGAACGUUUGAUGCAGAACGCCAAUCCUGAAGAACUGAAUAUAGUGCAGAGAGUAUUUUGCGUGGAUUCGCAGACCGCUGAAUGGAAAGCAGCACUUGCCAAAUUGAACGAGGAGGUCUAAAGAAAUUAUAGUUAAAAUAUAGUCGGGUCUUAUUAUACCAAAAAGUUAUAGCAUCUUUUUUCUCUCAUAGGCUUCAUUCUUUCAUAUUGUUCAUGAAGGAGAUCUGAGCUUGAGCUGCACAGAUGCUGCUCAUGAUGUAGACUUAGAUUCAGAUUUAGAAUCAAUUUUGUUUUGUAUUGUUGUUCAUGGAUCACAGAUUAGACUUUCUGAAUUUCAGAUUUCUUAGAUUUUAUAAAAUACAUGGAUUUUUGGUAAUA